GGGGACUGAGCCAUGGAGGAUGGAGGCGGGGCCAUGUCAUACCACAACAUCAUACCACAUCCUGCUCAACCUCCAACCUGCACCUUAUAGCUCUGUUGUCAUGGUAAUCAAACGGAACAUUUCCUCAUGUCAACUUCGAGUGGGUGGCUUGUGGUUCGAGGUAUCCCAUGGGGCCAUAGGGCAGGGUGCGAUGACGAGUGGCGCCGCAGAAGUGGAAGUCAUGGGUAAAGGGGAAGAGGCAGUGAGAUGAGAAAGCUGGACAAUUAGACAUGAUGAGAGUCACUCUGAUUUCCCUCGCCAUGUGCCUUCCUCACCUCCUCGGCACUCCUGUCCUCCAAUCCACCACAGCGGUUUCACCGAGCGCCACAGAAAUCAAAACAACAGCUCUAGACCUUAGGAUCCGCACUACAACAUCAGACCCCCUGAAGCUUCCACUCUCCACAACUGAAAACCACCCUGGUAGGACUAGUGGCACGUUCAACACACAAGUGAAGAAAAGCGCUAGCUUAGCAGCUGUCAACAACUCAGGCAGAACGACUCAAGGAAGAGGCAUUCUCAGAACAGGAACUGCCACUUACGCCACCACAGCCGGACAGAAGAGCAACAGGCACACAACUGCAGGAGACUUGAGGAGGGAAACAGAAAGCUACAUUCACCAUGAGACACCCUUCAGCGGACACACAGCCUCAAACACAACUGACCACCCCAGCACCACCACUCUCCCCGGGGAGGAAGGGACUGAGUAUCAUGACAGUAGCACCACUGAAACAGCCAGAGAAUUUAACACACCAAAUUCCAUAGAGACAUGGGCUGCUGACACCAGUAAUGACUCCAGGCUAGCGAAGCCACACUUAGACAGGUCACAAGCAGCAGACCAGCACACUGCUACACAAGGACUAGAGAUGGCAAGUGUAGAUACUGCAUCGGGAGAUUACUACACAACACAGAGAGACUUCUUCACAAACACCCCAACUAAUAGAGUGACAGGUUUGAACAGAGGUAAACAAAGUAAGGCCAACAGCGUCACAACAACAACAACAACGGUUUCACCUACGUACACAUUCACACUUCCUGGUUUGUAUGAGCACAUUACCGUGACUUACAGGGCUACUGGCUACAAAACACAACCUGACGACACGAGCCAGUCUAUGGACAACCAGGACCACACCACAGCCACAGUUUCAAUCCCCCAUGCUGACAAUAGCACAACUCCAUAUCCCAAAGCUAACACAUUUACAGAUAAUGUCACAGACAACUACACAAACACACUUUCAUACAGUAAUACCACAACCUCUAAUAAUCGUAACACAACAAUACUUUUGAAUAAGAAAACUCAUACUCAUUCACUCAGACACAACCACACAAUCUCAGGCUAUGACAACAGGCUGAACAACACAACUGAAAACACUGUGCAUGCUCAUCCUGAGUGCGGAGAGGCAGAUGAAAGAUCCCCAUCGUUGCUUCCUGGCUCUACUAGACUGGUCUGUUUCAUUGUUCUGUGGGCUCUGGGAUUGACUGCUUCGGUCUUCCUUGGUCUCACUGUCUUCCUGUGGGUGCGUUUGUCAGUCCAGAGAGAGCGGGAAAGGAGAGUGAGGAGAGGAGGAGAGAAGGUGUCAGGGGUGGAUCUGGAGAACCUGUGGGUUGACCAGAUGUCAUCGGUGGAGGAGAGGGUGGAAUUCUGGUACGCCAACGGCUCCACCAUGGGACCUGACCAUAAACGAGAGAGCGGGAGGGACAGGGUGAAGGAGAGGGGGAGGAGGGAGCAGCAGAGGCAGAAAGGGACAGAGUGUGACAACCUGUGGACUCAACCCAAAGUGACACUGGAGGACAUCACAGAUUUCUGGUAUGCAAACGGAAGAGUGAUACCAGAAGAAACUAAAGACCAAAUGUUGUUGGAGACCUGCGUAUGAUUUUGUUUUUUGUACUACAGUACUACAAUUUACCUGGAAUUACUUUGGAGAGAAAUGUUCAUCAUUAUUUUAACAAUUCCAUGGUAGAUUUGAACACUGUAACAUUUCCAUUAUCAAUUCAUAAUCUGUAUGUUUAUUGGCUGUAACAAAAGUAUAAGAUCUACAUAAGUCUACUGAAAGACAGACAUCCAAGUAGGCCUGUAUGUAGGCGUGCAAACACACCCUGGCUCAAACAUUUCAUCACACACAGCUUCUUCCCUUUGUAGGGCCAACUUCUCCUUUUUCCUCGAGAAAAUAAGCACAUGACGCAAUAGACAAAAUGAAGCUAUUCUUUAGUUACUUGGCAUCUCUUCAACCCCACCUGUCUCUCUUUUGCAGUUACCGAAACUGUUUUACGAAGAAUUUGAUGCUCUGAGGGGAAGAGAUAGAGAGAACCAAUUAGAGAGAGAAAGGGAGGGGAGAGAGAAAGAAGAGAGUGAACAGGAGGGAGGGACGGAGGAAGAGAGCGAGAGAAAGGUGUUUCGUACAUGUACUAGUGCACGAGACGUCAUCCACACAGAACAGGCGUUAAAGCCUGUGCCUUUAAGGUGGAUUCAUAAUUUCAACCCAACCGUUUUCUCCAAGCAACAUGUUGGUAAGUAAGAUAAAAAAUGGCACACAUUGAUAGAUGUCUGAUCUAAACAGACACUGAUCUGGAUAAUAAUAGACAAAAUAUGGCUUUGUGACGGUGACUGUUUGAGGAGGCAAGAAAAAGGAGGGAAAGAUGUUUCGAAAAUACAAUCAGAUUAACUUUCAUAGGCUUGUGUUAAAUUUACUGACAUGCUCUUGUAGUAAGGGGGUCCUCCUAAUGUAUCUCUUCAUAAUUAUUUGUAAAUACAUUUUUAGAGGACAUUUUCUUGAAAUAUGUUUUUUUUUUAAUCAAUCGGUCUUUAAGUCUUCAUCUUUUACCAUUAUUUUUUUAAAUUAUUAUUUUGAAGAUUGGCAAACUUGCUUUUAGACACUCAUUUAGAUUUUUCACCCCCAAUUAUAUUAUAAAUAACAGUCAAAUGGAUGGUGACAUUGUGGACAAUAAUAAAUAACAAGAAGUAAUGUUGGUAACUUCCUUAAUUUUUAGGUGUGUGCUAAGCAAGCAUUUUACAUCUACAGCAGUCCAGACAGUGGAUGCUGUGAGGAAGUAAACUUAUUAUACAGUACAUGUGGGAAUGUACACAUAAAAUAACCUCUCCAUUCCAUCUUCCAUUUCUUCCUUUACCCUUCAAUCUGUCCUUUUCUAUAUAGGUCUCAUGCUUUUUUUGGUUCACCGUUGCUGCAAUCUCUCACGCUGCACUUGAAAUAGACAGCUGAUAUACAGAAUAGUAGAGUGGCGUGCAGGGGAGGAGGAAAGCGGAAGAGCGAGAGAGGAAGAGAAGGGUUGUGUCUUUCCGGCCUAUUUGCACCCAAGUACAAUCUAGUGAACCACAAGCCCAGCAACCAGGAGAGACAGCAAGAGAACAAAGGUUUGACUAUGUAAGUGCACUUCAAAUGCCUAACACUCAGUCAAACCAUAGAUUAUUAACAAGAGCAAGGCCUGAAAGAAAGGGAAAGUCCGAGAGCAGUGAAGAUCAAAGCCUGACACUCAGUCGUAGUCAAACCAAGAACCCCGGUAGCUGAUGACGGAUUCCGCUUUUCUUUUCUAAAAUGUACAUUUUUCUGCUCUAGACUUGUAAAAUAAACUUCCAAUACCUUUCAAGCCACAACGCUGUCGCUGACUCACCUCAGAGAGAGGAAGACAAAAGUAAUCUUAGAGAGAUCAGCAAAACCCUUCAGGGACAGUUGACCUCUGUGACCCCUCUCAGUUCUUGCCCAGUAUGGAGCGGAUACGGCUGAUGCUCGGGGCUCUGCUCCUCUCCCUCUCUCUGCCCAGUCUCCCUGCCCAAGAUAAUGUCACCAUCACCGUACCUGAGAAUGUCACCAUGGCAGCACCUACUACGGAGGACGUCACGAUUGCAGCCUCUACACCUGAGGCCACCAUCGGAACAACGCCUGUUCCUGUGGUCGUCACUACGGCACAGCCCGCCACUGAAAUCAUCACCCCAGUAACUUCUGUUCCAGUACCUACCGCUGAUGCCAUCACUAUGGUAAUAACAGACCCUGAGACCACCACCGGUCAGGUGGGACCACCAACUUCUACUUCAGAGGCUGAGACAAUGACACCUUCACCUGUGACCACUGAAGGGCCUGUAGAUACGACCACUCCACCUGGCCCUAAACCCACCCUCUCCCAAGACGUCCUGAUGACCACCUCUUAUUUUCCAACCACUUCCCAGGACCACCUGACUUCUGUUAUCCAAGUCUGGCCACUUCACACCACCCCUCGUCUGACGGAGGACUCCUCUCCUACACCUGAACCUAUCCACACUGCCUCAGAGAGUACUGCCAACCACACAGAGGGACUUACCACUGCACCCACCUCCCCAUCGGUCAACGCCGCUCCCAGCCAUGCCAUGACCCCCACUACCACCCAUACCUCCACCUCCACAGAUCCAGACUCUACAGUGGCCGAGGUCGGGGUGCAGCUAGGUCAGUCCAUCUUGCUCUUCAUCGCUCUCCUGGUUGGGGUUAUAUGCAUGGGCAUAGUCUACUGCGUAUGUCUUAUCGUCAGACGAAAGAGGCAGAGCCGCACCGAGUACUUUGAGUCCAGCUUCCGGAACGGGAAGGGUUCCAAGCGGAAGAAAGGGGCAGAGGAAGACGCCUGGGCGGGGCCAGUGAAGUUAGGGGGCGGGGACAGGGAGGAGGGUGAGGGCGGGGAGGAGGGAGGGAGCCCAGAGGACAACAAGACAGAGGGGGCUGGAACGGAUGUGGUGCUGAGCACAUUCAUAGCCAACGAGACUGAGGAAGAGAAGGGUGGGCCUGAUGGGGGAGUAGGAGUGGCUGGGAGCAAGGAGGCGGAGAAAUGGGAGGAGGAGGAGCCUCUGCUGUACAUUGAUGAGGGAGUGGAGGAGAGGCUAGAGAGGAUGGCUGCUCCUUCACUCUCAAAAUCUAACUCUGAGAAAAAGAGAGGAGAGCGCAACGGAGAGGGGGAAAGUGAAAAAGAAAUGGAGAGGGGAGAAGGGAAUGGACAGAAAGAAAAUGAGCCUGAGAGAGGGGAGCAGAAUGGAGGAGCGGCAUUCUGUCUAACCACUGCAGUUUAAAAAUAGAACAGUUUUCCAGAAAAGUUUUUCUAGGUGAUAAUUGUAAAAGUGUUGGAUAUUUUUGUACUACUGAAAAGGCCUUUGACAUUGUAUGUAUCUGUGAUUGUGUGCUCUGUCAACAUAACAUGGUUGUGUGUAUAGCCAUACGUUUUACCCGUUGUAUUUUGUAUGAUGCUUUUUCUUAAUCGUUCUUUUUUAAAUAAAGUUUUAGGAUGUGCAGAGAGCAUGUUCUAGAAUUAAGUUGUU